GCGGUGGGAAAGUCUGGAGGUAGUGCUGCGCCUCUGCAGGACUGUCAAGCUCCGAGCGGCUCCUGCUCACUGCGCCUAGCAGCAAGCCACAUGAACGAAGAGAGGGAGGGGCAGACAUAAAGCAAGCAAAUCGCCUCCGUGGGAAAAAAAAAAAUUACGAACCUUCUCGUACCCCAUUGUAAUACCAGCAUUGCUGUUUAUUUCGGUCUGAUUAUGGUGCGUUUGAUUAAAGCAAGACAACAGGGCGCGGUUUAGAAUGUAUACACGAUUUUUGUGAGUUGGGGGAGAGGAAUUCGUAAAUAUAGGACCCCCUCCUCCCCUUGUUGCUGCAGCAUCUUUUCAGCGUAAUUUCAAAGGGAGAACACAACGACGCGCUUAUCAACGCAAACGAUGUGUAGUAGUAGGCUACAACUUCCUACGGAUUGCUUGGCUUGGGCAUCACAACUGAGGAUUGAGAGGAGUAUCGAUCGGUCAGUAAAUAAAUAAAUAAACUGGCGUGUAACAGUGCUUAAGAUGACCCUGUAGUCAUUGCCGACUCCAGGAACAGAAUCAGCGACGGAGAACGGAACACAAGUCUGUUUUUUUUUUUUACAAAAAAGAGGAACAUUUUGAAAGGGAAAAGGUCUCGAUGAGGGCACCGGGCUGUGCUCAGACCCACUGGUGCUGUCCGUUCAGCACCACUGCCGUCACCUUGCGCUGAAUGUCAUCAGGCGCUGAGAAUAAUUUCCUAGUCGACGGAUCUGGGUCUUGGCUUUUAGUGUCAAGGAAAACGCAUUUUCAAUUUUCUUCUGUGUUUUUGGAAAUAUGAUUGUUUUUUACGUUCUAUUUUUCGUGAUAUUGUGUUUAGUGGCAACAUUUUAGAUAUGUAUGUUUUCCUUGUGCUUCUGGCAGCAGCUACACACCGGUGAUCACUUGCUAUGACAACCGCUUGAAGCAGCCGUAGAAGUGUUCAUUGGCUCUCAAUAUAAGCUGUUGCGAUUUCGUAUUUUUUGUUUUUGUUUUCUUACUUUUUUUAACCGGAGCCACACAUAUCUUUCUCCCCUAUAUCUUGAUUUCUGAGCUUUAUUAUUAGUAUUUUCAUCUUUUCUCAUUCCGAUCCCUAUCCCUUAAUUCCCCCUUCACCUCUUGCACGUGUCGUCCCUGUCCUGUGUACGAUUUAGCUAUUAUUACUGCAGUUAGAGGUUUCCCCGUGUACGGAUAGCGUUGCAAUGCCUGGGACUUAUUCGAGACAUGCCUAAGGGACGCGAUGGGCCAAGGCGACGAGAACGAUCGCAUUGUAAUAAACGUGGGAGGGACCAGACACCAGACUUACCGCAGCACCCUGCGCACUCUGCCGGGCACCCGAUUAGCCUGGCUCGCUGAACCCGAUGCGCACGGCCACUUUGACUAUGAUCCUAAGAUUGACGAGUUCUUCUUUGAUCGGCAUCCAGGCGUGUUUGCACACAUCCUCAACUACUACAGAACCGGCAAGUUACACUGCCCUGCAGAUGUAUGCGGGCCCUUGUAUGAAGAAGAGUUGGCGUUCUGGGGUAUCGAUGAGACGGACGUGGAACCAUGCUGUUGGAUGACCUAUCGACAGCACCGUGAAGCUGAAGAGGCGCUGGAUAGCUUCGGUGGAGGAGCCCUCGACAUGGGCAAUGAGGAGGCUGAUGGGGAUGGCAUGGGGGACUCGGGAGACGGCGACGAGGAGCUGGAAAUGACCAAGAGACUGGCACUGGGGGACUCCCUGGAUGCCAAAUCUGCGGGACUUUGGAGGCGCUGGCAACGGCGCGUAUGGGCACUAUUUGAAGAUCCUUAUUCUUCAAAAUAUGCAAGAUGGGUGGCAUUUGCAUCACUCUUCUUCAUCCUGGUGUCCAUCACCACAUUCUGCCUGGAGACGCACGAGGCCUUCAAUCCGAUCACCAAUCGUACAGAGACGGAGGUGGUGGAAAACGGCACAGUCGACCGUGUAUUCCAGGAGACUGAGACAGUGGUUUACCUAACCUACAUUGAGGGAGUGUGUGUGGUGUGGUUCACCUUCGAGUUCCUCAUGCGCAUCACCUUUUGUCCAGACAAGUUGGAGUUUAUCCGAAACACCCUCAACAUUAUUGACUUUGUGGCUAUCCUGCCCUUCUACCUGGAGGUGGGACUGAGUGGCCUGUCUUCCAAAGCUGCCAAGGAUGUGUUGGGGUUCCUGCGUGUUGUGCGAUUUGUGCGUAUUCUACGCAUCUUCAAGCUUACGCGCCACUUUGUGGGCCUACGAGUGUUGGGCCACACCCUGCGGGCCAGCACCAAUGAGUUCUUGCUUCUCAUCAUCUUCCUGGCCCUGGGAGUGCUCAUUUUCGCCACCAUGAUUUACUAUGCUGAGCGUAUUGGGGCCAAGCCUAAUGAUCCACGAGCCAGUGAGCACACGCACUUCAAGAACAUCCCCAUUGGGUUCUGGUGGGCUGUGGUGACCAUGACCACUCUAGGCUAUGGGGACAUGUACCCCCAGACGUGGUCAGGAAUGCUGGUGGGUGCCCUGUGUGCCCUUGCCGGAGUGUUGACCAUUGCCAUGCCUGUUCCUGUCAUUGUUAACAACUUUGGAAUGUACUACUCAUUGGCAAUGGCUAAACAGAAGCUACCAAAGAAAAAAAACAAGCAUAUCCCACGGGCCCCUCAGCUUGGCUCCCCUAAUUACUGUAAGUCGGGUGUAAACUCGCCACAUCACAGCACACAGAGCGACACGUGCCCCCUGGCACAAGAAGAGAUAUUAGAAAUAAACAGAGCAGAUUCCAAAGUGAAUGGGGAGGCAGCUAAGGCGGCGUUGGCCAAUGAAGAUUGUCCUCAUAUAGACCAGGCCAUGUCGCCUGAGGACGGCCAGAUCUUUAGCCCAAGCGACAGAAGUGAACAGCCCUGCUUCCUCGUAGCCACGGGUGAGAGGCGAGGCCACACAGGGGGAAGAGUGAGGAAGGCCUGUCCCAACCUGGGGAGGCCCCUGGGGGAGGCCACCCCCUCUCUCGGCCCUCAGGUGUACCCUCUGCUGCAGCUAGGCUGGGUACGGUGCCAAGAGGACAGCUGUGCCAGGCUCACACACUGAAGUCCCUCCCACCCCACAUCGAGACUCUGCCCCAGUACUAAGGCCCCCCCACACCAAAACCACACCAGGGCAGGGCACAGGGCUUGGGCUAGCCCCUUAGCCCACAUACAGAUGAGGCUAAGCAGGUCUAACUGUCUGCCUUUAACCAAGCGAAAAGCCACAUGCAAGUGGAUAUUUUUUUGUUCCCCAAAAAGCAACUGAGAAUAUCCCAUCUUCAAUCCUACUUGUCACAUGUCAGUGUGUAUCACAAGGUGGCCAUUUAGCAUAUUGUAGCAUUCUCCCUCAGCUUAGCUUAUGGCACUUUGCAGAGAUGCUGGGCUGUAGUCAGUGACAUCUGACUUGAUCAGCAUUGGAACUAAAGGCCCAUGCUGCCACAUAUAUCUCAUACACUCUUGCACAGACACGCUGCUCACUAUACCUAAAAACCUAAUACGUCUGACUGGAAACUGAACCGCUUCAGCGGGGUGAUGUCACUGCAACUUGUUCCAUGCAACUAUAGCAAGGUUAGUCAUAUCAGGGGGGUGGGACGGCUAUGCUGUCCUGGAUUAAGCACUGCUUUUGCCUGAUGAGGGAGAGUAAAUCUUCCUUCCCUGUCUUCCCCAGAGGAGGAAUUGUUGAACAAAACAUAAACACAUCUAUGUCCCCAACCCUGGCUCUGGACUCAACCAGAAAUUCAGAUUCAUAGAGAUCACAUUUCUGUGUCCCCCAGCACAAUUUCAAACAGGCCCCCUGCGGCAACCUUUUGAUGCUCAUUAACCUUUCCAAUUGUAGCAAAAGUGAGUCAAGAACCAUAUUAAAAGUAGAAUAUAUUCACGUGUUACAUCUUUUGAACCAUCUGGUAGCUUGGUGUCUGUACAAUAACAGAAAUUAUCUGUCUCUUCAUUCAUGCUUACAUGAGUUAUCCCUUUACAUUUUUUAUCCCAACAAAUGGCCACCAACACUGCAAACCACAUGCACUAAUUCCCCCAUCACAAUUCCUAGACCCUGCAAAUGGCACACAAACCAACCACAAUAAAAUACCCCCUCCAGUGCAUCUUGGUGCUACUAUGUCACUUGGGUUCACUACAAUUCUGCCAUCUAGCAAUGAUGCAUUGCUCUUGCCGAGAAUGCUGUUUAUCAAAUGAUAUAAUUAAUGAUUCCUAAGCACAAAAGUCUCUGAAAUUCAUUUUGUUGAAGAUAUAAUAUUGACAUUUGUAAGGAAUAAAACAAGAUUGCUACCAAAUAUUGAUGGCACAAAUUUAGUUGCAAGGGAUCAAAUUUCAAUUGAAAAAACACGUUAUAUGUCAAUGUAUGUAUGUGUGUAUGUCUGUGUCAAUUUGAGUGUGUGGGUGUGUGCUGAUGAUUUUAUGUGAAUCAACUGUUCUGUGCAUGUCUUGAGGCAUUUGUUUUAUCUAAUGCUACAUGCAGUUUCCUGCUAGUGGGUGGUAUCAGGGAGGUGAUGUAGAAUGGCACACUAUGAUGUAUGGGACAAGCGGCACUAUGCCAGUCAGAGUGCCCUGCAGCAUACAAAACCCAAUCAGUGGCUUCCGUUAGCAGUCCACAUAAUAAGGUGUGUUACUCUGAUAUGCAUAGUUAAAAGAACUGCACAUUCUAUGUCAUAUGCAGUACUCUGCUCAACCCAAUAUGGAAUUCUGAAUCAAGACCCAUUGGAAAUAUGCUGGAUAGCAGAGAUGGGGCCAAUUUCACUUAAAAUUAGACAACACAGGAAGUGAAAAAAAAUUACAUUCAUGAACUUAAAAUGUCUGUAAUGGUCUAUGUAAAAUUCACAAUUCAUUCAUUGAAUUUUAAUUCAUUUGAAUUCACUUACUUAAAAUUGAAUUGGCACCAACACUGCUAGUCAUCCACUGUUCCAGAAAUAGAUGUAGGAUAAGAUUAUGAUUGAUAAAGUUUUAUAGACAUAUAGAUGUAUUCUUUUUUCUGGAACAAUCAGAAAACAUUAAGCAAUGUGUCUCAAAAAAACUCAUCCAUAUGGAGUCUGCUUAUGAAUGGAGCUUUAAAUGGGUAACUCAGAUGCUUGCCAACCUAAUUUGAUUGGCUAAUUAUGUCCCUUUUGACACAAGGUAUGCCUCUUGUCACCAUGAUACCACACAUUGCAUGCUGUAGAAACUCUGACACACAGAAUGCAUGAAAGAUGAUGCUGUUGAAUUGGCUACAAUGUUUUAUCGAUGAGUAAUCAGGACAAAAGAGAAAAUGCAAUUAAAAAAAAGAGAAGCCCAUCCUAAUGUUGGUCCACUGCUGCCAUGUACUCAGAUGCAUUUCUCUUCAAACAAAGGUUACGAAAAGUCUCGGAGCCUUAACAGCAUUGCUGCCAUGGGCGGAAAUGCCAUUGGAGUAUCGUCAGUAUCCACCGUCCCCUGCAGCCCACCCUGCCUUUUGCGGCGGUCACGCUCCCCCAUCCCAUCCAUUCUGUAGCAUGGAUCAAUAGUACAGAAUAGCCACUCAGGCCCCUGCUGCCCACUGCAGCCCCUGUCUACACUGUGUUCCAUCAAUUUUUCCCAUUCCUUUCCGCUUUCUCUGGAAUUUGGUUUCCCUUUUCAGCUUUACUCCAUUCUUUUUUAUCUAUGGUUAUCUAUGUAGAUUAUUUGUUAUGUCUCCCAAAUUUUUUUUUAAAAGAUUUGAGAAAAAAAAAAUAUUGUGACACAGACAACCUAAUGGACUGUGCUAACCUUAUAGACAUGUAGCUUACUCAGGAUCACACUGGUCUCAGAGAGGGAACACACACACACACACACACACACACACAUACAUAUAUACACAAACGCAUUAGCACACAGUGGGUGGGGUUUCAAUGAACAGGCUUCUCCCCUGUGGGCGGGUGAGGGACCUCAUGUAUUACAGGGCUUUAGAUGAGAAGAGCCAAACACGCUUCUGUUCUUUUGAGACAUGGUCCUAAUUUCCUCAAAAACAGAAUAAUGAUACAAUCUAGUUAAAUGCCUGAAAAUUUUCAAAGCAGAGGCCCUAUAUUCAUGCAUUAUUGAGCAUUGUUCCAGUAUUUAGGCUGGUCCUUAUUUAGGUUUCCUUCUGCUGAUCCAAGCAUCUCUGUUCCCCAAUCUCUUCUUCUCUCUUUAUUUCUAUCUUUUUCCACUCUAGCAUUUCCUUCUCACUAAAACACACACACACACACACACACACAAAUACAAAUCAGAACAUUUUCAGUAAGACACUCUGAGUUCAACGCUCCCCUUCUCCAAGAAUCAGACUUUCAUUCUUUCAUUUAUAACUUCUGUUGUUCUUUCUUUACUUUAUACAUUUUAAACCCUUCCUCCCGACCCUUUUUAGUAUAGACCUACCUAUCUGCCUAUAAUACUCCCCCUCUGUGAGAGUGUUUUGUCUGGGUGUGAGACAUUAGGGAGGGGCACUGGCCUGACUGCAUGGGCGAGCUCGGCUGCAGAAAGGAACUAGCUCAUCUGCAUGCACUUCUCCGGCUGCCUCUCUUUCGUACCCAACAGCUCUUCUCACUGCGUGUCUCUUUCUUCCUUUUUCUCUCUGACUCUAUCCCUCUGUCUCAUCCUCAUUUUUGGAUCUCGUGUAAAAAAAAUUUUUUAACAACUGUGAAGGGUUGUUCUGCCCUACUCUUUUUUCUGUUGUCUUGCUUUUCUUUUUUUUAGCAAAAAAAAAAAAAACAUUCUAAAAUGAACAAAUGAAAGUGACUGGCUGUAAAACGCCCUGUAUUCUCUACCACAGAUCCCUGUAAAGAGGAAACAGGCCUAGUUAAGCAUAUGCAAGCAGAGGCUCUCAAAGUGACCUGAUGGGGCCCUGAUAUUGUCUUAAAGGUGGACAUUACUUAAGCAUCCUUGAUUCCACAAUGGAUGAAAUACGCAAAUGGGAUUUGGGGGUUGGACAGACAGUGUGUGAGAGAGAGAGGGAGAAGCAGUCACAGACAGAGACAGAGGACAACAUUGGAUGUCUCUAAUCUCACUCGAAUUUACAAGGUGUAUACUUUUUUCUAAAAUUUACAGAAAAUGAAAGCUGAAGAUAUCACACUUUUUGUGAGCAUGUGUUUUCAGAUGGGAAUUUUUUUGUGAAAGGACCGUACAAGGACAACAGAAGACUCAGUGUGAAGAGGACAACGGGGCUAUUUGUGCAGACAAAUAAAAACAAGGAAUAAACAUAAUAAACAAAGACUAACAAUAACUGUUAAUCAUGGUAAUAAUAGUUAUAUUGUCAUCAGAUAAUUACAACUGUAGAAUUAUAUCUGUUCAUUUAGCAUGAGUUGCAUGGUGAAUUAUUAAAAAAGGAAAAAUAUGUAAUUGUAAUGAAUAUCUGUAAGAAAAAAAAUAUUUUUUUCUUCCAAAAGCUCCUUACUUUUACAUAAAUUGUAGCCAGAAUAUAAGAGGAUAGGAGAUAGUGUCAUUUUCCCUUAAAUUGGUCCACCGGUUAUUAGGUCUUUCCUCCAAUAAUUUCUUUUCUGUUGAUGGACAUAUUUAAAUUAGGCAGCUCUGGUCAUAUUGACUACCGCCUUUCAUUUUAGAAACAUACAUGAGACAUGGAGAAAAAACUAGUAAGUUCUCAGUGUAGUUUAAUAAGUAAAUUAAUUUAGACUUUGUUUCUGUUGGCAUGCUGGUGACCCUGGACCUUACAAAAAAUAUCAACUGGACUAAAACUAAAAUUUUUAUUCCUUCCCUGUUUUAUGCUAUAAUUAUUGGUGUUUAGAUCCCAUGUGGAAACCUGCAGUACGACGUUGUUCAUACCACAUAUUAAGUAUUGACUUUUAACAGUGUUAUUUUUAAAGGAAAAUUUUUAAAGAACAGAAACUGGAUGUCCUACUUUAAAAGAAGAGAGAGAACAAACGUGUUAAACCUGUCUAACUCUCUCACUCAAAUGCUAAGUAAAAAAAAAAAAAAAAAACACAAGAGCAUUGUAUGCAAUUUAGUACUUGGGGGAAGUGAAUGCAUGCACAAUGUUAUGCAAAAUAAGUAAUCAACAAAAUAAAAGAUUCUAGCAUGAAAUAAAUUUUAUAUCAAA